GCAGCGGCUCUACUCCGAGCUCCGCCCGAAUGUCUGAGCUCCUCACCCUCUCUCUAAGGCUGAGCCCAGCCACCCUCCGGGGGAAACUCAUUUCGGCCGCUUGUAUCUGCAAUCUUAUUCUUUCGGUCACUACCCAUAGCUCAUGACCAUAGGUGAGGGUUGGAACGAAGAUCGACCGGUAAAUCGAGAGCUUUGCCUUCAGGCUCAGCUCCCUCUUCGUCACAACGGUCCGGCACAAGGCCUGCAUUACUGCUGACGCCGAGAGCAAUCCACCUUUUUCCGGCAGAGAUGGUUCUCGGCCUCGACUUGGAGGUGCUAACCCUCAUCCCAGCCGCUUCACACUCAGCUGCAAACCGCCCCAACGCCUGCUGGAGGUCCCAGCAUGAGGAGGCCAACAAAACACAUCAUCUGCAAAAAGCAGAGAUGAAAUUUUGAGGCCCCCCAAACUGGAAACCCUCCUCCCCCCGGCUGCUCCUUGAGAUCCUGUCCAUGAAAAUCAAACAGGACUGGUGACAAGGGGGAACCCUCGCAGAGGCCGACACGCACUGGGAAUGUGUCUGACUUUGUGCCGAGGAUGCGGACACACCAUCCCACUUUGGUCAUACAGGGACCGGAUGGCAAGUGCCAACGGCCCCGGGGCUCCAUAUUCCCGCAGUGCCCCCCACAUGAUCCCCUGAGGGACCCAGUCAAAAGCUUUCUCCAAAUCCACAAAACACAUGUAGACUGGAUGGGCAAAUUCCCAUGCUCCCCCAAGAAGCCCUGCGAGGGUAAAGAGCUGGUCCGCUGGUCCACUGGUCCACUGUCCCACGGCCGGGACGGAAUCCACAUUGUUCCUCCUUUAUCCGAGGUUUCGACAAUCGGCCGGAGCCUCCUUUCCAGCACUCUAGAGUAAGCUUUCCCCCGGAAGGCUGAGAAGCUUGAUACCCCGAUAAUUGGAGCACACCCUCCGGUCCCCCUUUUGUUGUUGUUAUUGUUAGUAGUGUUUGUUUUGCUGUUCAUCUUUGUCAAAAGACAAAUUAUGCGUUUUGCCAUGAAGUCCCGCAGAGGACCACAUGUUCCCCUCGGCCACAACGCUCCUAAGGAGUUGAGGCAAAAAAUUGAAGCCAAACUGAGCCAAGUUCAGAAAAUCCACUUUGAGCCUCGUCUUAUUUCUCCAGAUGAUGACCGGCUGAAGCACUGUGGACAGUCAGGUUCCUACGACUAUCUGUACAGGAUGAGAGCACUGGAUGCCAUCAGAGACACUGAUCUCCCUUUCCGUGAGCUUGGUGGGACGUCCACCGCUGUGACGGGUCAAAGACUACGAACCUGGCUUCUACAGCUGAGAAAUUCACACUGCAUGUUCAGAGAAAACCUCAUCGACACAGUGCUGGACGGGUACAAUAAAGCACGUCAUGGGGCAGAGACUUUUGGUGAAGCAGAGUUUUUAAAAUACCAGGAAGCUCUAUCUGAACUGGCCUCUGCUGUCAAGUCUCACAGCAACAGCGGCAGUUCUCCAAGCCGACACCACCAGUCUGCAGCCAAAGACUUGACCAGCAGCGCGGAGCUUACACGCUCCUCCUCCCCAACACAAACCACCUACCUCACAUCCUCAGUGCAGCAGCGCAGCAAGCGGCCCAGACACUUCCUGGAGCUGAAGAACUUUAAAGACAACUACAACACUCUGGACAGCUCGUUCUAAAAAAAAUCAAUAAAUAAAAAAUCUAUGAAGCCCGUCCUUAAGACAGGUCAAAGACAAGGAAGUGCUGCCAGGAAUGAAAGUGCCUACUGUAUUAACUGUCACUUUGGCCAUUUAGUUUAGAGUGAGGCGACAUAAACACUGCCUUUAAAUACAAACACAAACUGCCUGAUAGACAAUAAAGUGCACAUCAGACUACUGGUAUAACCCUCUUACCUAAGUGUAGCCUUUGCCUAUGAACUCUGUAUAAAUGCAUGUGUGAGUGCUUUAGAAGAAUAGUCUAUAAUAUGAAAGGUUGAUUUGACCAAACCAGAGCUAUAGAGCUAUGCAAUGAUAAGACAAUCAGUAUUUAUUACACACCUAUGCACAAUUGUUACUAUUAACCAACUGUAUUGAAAAAGAUUAUGUUUAAAAAAAAAAAAAGUAUUUUUAUUGGUUGCCCUGCACUGUUAAUGUCACUUAUGUUUACGUCUCUUAGUGCCUCUGCUGUUCAUUCUCUACAACAUGACAGCCCGUUCUUAGCCUUAAAUGUUUGUUUUUUUACAGAAGCCAUACUGUACUUGAUUAAAUGAUUUUGAUGAUUAGGUGCUUUUCUGAUUUUAUCAGUUCUCUCAGUGCAAUGUGAUUCAACAGUGCUCAUACUGUAAUUGUGCAUUAAUUUAUCUGUAUGUGAGGGGGAAGACUUUCUUUGUGACUGGUGUUGAAAUGUGUGAACUGUUCAUUUCAUUUGGAGGUAUUAUUGGGCCUUGGUGUUUUAAUUGUAUGUGCCAUUAAUUGUAAGUAGCUUUUAAAAUAAAUGAAUCCAGUCCAAAUAUUG